AUGGAUGUUGAGACGAAACUGGCUGGGCCAAGCUUGCUGAAUCUGCUGAGGAUGCAGCUUGCGCAAGAUGACAAAUUCGCAGAGGUUGGAUGGGAACGACUUCACACCCACUGUAGCAAGCCGGUGGUGCAGACGCAUGACGUCAUCAAGCUCUUUGGGGACAAAGGUGGGAACUCUGAGAUUCUGAAGCUGCUGAAGGACUCGCGGCCCCGCACCGUGAGCUCACCCACCGUUGCAGCAAACUUCUGUCAGCUCUUACCUCCUGGAAACAAAGACACAUCCUUCCUGAGCAUACCUGGCCUUGCCCUCCCAAAAGAAAACAAGGACAUGAUGCAGUUCAGGUGUUUCUUCGUGGGUCGAGCCGGCAACUUUUUUGCCAUGGCUUGGGGCGUGGCACGGGACAAUGUGCCUUGGAACCUUCAACGCUCCCUUGGCCAGUCGGGAACUCUGUUGGACCGCACUCGACCUCUGGAGCUCCCCAAGACAGCUCCACAAGUGACUGAAGAGAAGGAUGCUACGUCAGUCCAUGAGCUGCUGGUUCAGGCUCUUCAAGCCUCCCAGACUGCUCCGAACCGCGCCGUGAAGCGCCGCGUGCGUCAGCGCCUUCACAAGAAGCUUGGAGCGAUUUGCAACAAGGAGGAGUUUGAUGAGGCGAUGGAGCAAUUCAAGGUCAUGGAAACCCAGCUGGAAAAGCCGAAGCGUCGCCAAAAGAACGAGACCAAAGGCAACGCGUCUAGCCAUCGUGCCAAGGAUCUUCCCGUGGCGCUGUCGGUAGCCAAGCCGGCCACAUCGACGGUACCGACCGUGCCGACACCGCCACCCGCCCCCGUGCGAAAGCAAGUGCCACAAGUGCCGCAAGUGAAGACGCAAAUUGUCGCGGUGCCCAUCUUCUACCAGGCCAACAACUCGGUCUUCGUGCCGCUCAGUGGACCCAUCUGUGCGGUGCAAUCGGUCCAUGCGGUGAAGGAAAAGGUGCAAGUGGCUACUGAGUCCGUGGACCUGCAAGUCGAGCAGCAGGUGAGCACCACAGAGGAAGACUCUGAGUUGUCCAGCCUGAGUUCCGAGGAGCUGAAGACACAUCGAGUCUUCGAGGGAUGGCCAACUCCCUUGCCAGUGGAGCGCACCUUCAUCCAGUUCAGCACUCGUGCAUACAUCCCCCGACGCCGUUCUCGUUCCCAGUGA